ACUUUAUGGUUGUCCAGUCAACAAGAAGCACGUGCAAUGUAUUUCUAAUCUAAUCUGUUUUGGAUUAUUCUCUAGCCAUCCACAGCUACAUGCGGCCACGGGGCUAGUUUUCAGCCAUUGUCUUUCAAAUGCAGAUCUUAGACGUUUUACUCGCGCUGUUUUUGCGACCUGCAUGCUAGACGCAGCGUAAGCUUUAAGCUAGCAACGGCGCAGCUCUUUCCCGGACAUGCUAGUUAGCCACCUAGCCGCGUGAAGAUUGCGCUGUGGGGCUAACGGGUGCUAGCCGCGGAGCCAGCGAGGCUACGUUAUCACAACAAUGGACGAGGCUGGCAUCAAGAAACAGAACUGGGACGUGAAGGAGACGGAGCUUUUCCUUGAGAUCCUGAAGGAGCUGGACAUGAAGAAAUGUCUGGACGGGAGGAAAGUGAGGAAUAACAGACUCUUCAAGGUGGCGCACCGGAGGAUGACAGCGGCCGGGUACCACAGAUCCGUGGACCAGCUGAAGUUCCGCUGGAAACUUCUGAAAAGCGCGUACUACAAGUGCAAGAGGGAGCCCGAUUCCCCGGCUCCCAUCAAAAUACAGGGCUGGUGGCGGUACGAAAAGACAAUGGUCGCAAUCAUGGAGUCCAGACACCCCCUGGUUGGAGCUGGCGUCAACGCUGACAGGAACGAUGACGUGACGGAGGACUCGGACGGCGAAGCGUCGAUGCUGCAUUGGCCGCAGCCCUGUCCCGACAACAGCGCCCAGAACAACCCCGAAACUCAGAACCAGAACCUGGAUUUGAUUGUAGGGGUGAUACCGCAGACGACACGUAGUCGCUCAGUCAGUCCUGCAUGUGUUGUGCAGAUUAAAAUGGACCCAGAGAUGGACUCGCAGCUCAGGAUCGGUUUCCUCGGUGCCGGGAACAUGGCCUACGGCAUCACAAAGGGCAUCUUAUCAGGAAAUGUUCUUCCUGUCAAUAUCAAAGUGAGCGCGCCGUCCUCCAGGAACCUGGGGCGGUUUCAGGAGCUCGGUAUUUCUGUCACUCACUCCAACGCAGAGGUGGUCUGUGGGUCUGACGUAGUCUUUGUGGCAGUCAAACCUCACCUGGUUCCUCCAGUUCUCAACGAGGUCUCGCCGCAUGUGACCGACAGACACGUGGUGGUGUCUGUCGCCGCAGGAGUAACGCUGGCCACGCUGGAGGAGCUCCUUCCAGAGAACUCUGUCGCCAUCAGGCUGAUGCCAAACCUGCCGUGUGUGGUUCAGGAGGGGGCUCUGCUCUUUGCCAGGGGGUCCCACGCAAAACAGGAGGACGGAGCGCUGCUCCGCUCCUUGCUGCAUCGAUGUGGGUUGGUGGAGGAGGGGCCUGAGGCCUGGAUUGACAUCCACACAGGCCUGAGUGGCAGCGGAGUGGCCUUCGUGUAUCUGUUUGCAGAGGCGCUGGCAGAAGGAGCUGUUAAAAUGGGCAUGCCCAGUGCCCUGGCCCACAGCGUCGCGUCUCAGACUCUUGUGGGAGCCGGAAGGUUGUUACGCGACUCUGGGAAACAUCCGGCUCAGCUCCGCUCGGAGGUCUGCACCCCGGGUGGAACCACCAUCUACGGGCUCCACACCUUGGAGCAGGGCGGCGUGAGGGCGGCGACCAUCAGCGCCGUGGAGUCUGCCACCGAGAGGGCGCGGGAGCUCGGCCGGAGGUCAAGCAGAAAAUGAAGCCUGGAAGCAAGGAGUCCCAGAGGAGCACAGAGACUUCACUCAUUUGUGUUUCCCCAGUCUGAUCGUUUACGCCCAGACAAGUGCAGUUCAUCCUUUUGACCAGGAGCAUUUCCUUUGAGCAGAGAUUUACUUUGACAGUAACAAGUAAAUAAUUUGAUACAUGCACAGGGUGAUUUGUUUUUAAAUCAACAGUGUAAGUAUGAAGAACCCAGAUAUGAAAGAAGUCCCAUUUAGUCUGAUUUAAACUCAUUGAAGGCUGGAAGCUCAAAGAGGGAAUAAAACACUGAUGGCCACUGAAGAAGGGGACUCUGCCUUUGUAGCAUCAUUCUAAGGAAUACUUAUGGAAACUUCAAGUGUGGAGUAAUGCCUUACUAGUUGUGAUGUGCAUUUAUUGUGGAGUGCAGAAUGGAAGUUGAUUGUGUGAAUGUAUUCAUGUGUAUAUUUUAUAUUUGUUCAAAUGAAGCCCAAAUUUAAAUUUGGUAUAGUUUACUGACUCAACGUGUUUUAGACAGUUUCCAUUGAACUGCUGGGUUUGUGUGAUGUGUACAAAGAUAAUUACAUCUUCAAGUGUGUAGAGUAAAUAUUGAUAAAGUGUCUCAUUGGAG